ACUGUCAGUAAUCCCCUCUGGGGAUGAAGAAUUUUCAUGAGCAGACUUUCAAGCUCGAGCUCACGUCGACGACAGUGAAAAGGAAUAGUUAUGACUGACGAGUGGCUCAGAUUUUAGACGGAAAAAUUUCCUGAAUUCCAACAUUUUUGCAAUGUGUAAUUGCUUUUCUACUACCUUCUUUCCUCAUUCAUUUGGUUUCACUACUUCCAAACUGACCCACAAAACGCUACUCAUCAAUGGUAUUCCUCACUUACUUCUCAAUUCAGAACUUGGAAUUAACAGGAUACAUUUUUCCAGUGACUGUUUCAAACUGGGGAAAGCAAAAAGGAACUUAACCAAGUCGAGUCUGUUUAAUUUCGAUGGGUAUGAAUUUUCUGAUGAUUUAGGGCUAAAGGACAAGGAAGAAACUGAAAUUCCUCUUAGCGCAGCUCCAAUAACAGACUCACAAGUGAAGAAGGGUGAAUUAAUGAAAAAUGGAGCGGAUUCUGUGGAUGUGGAAUCUAAAUUGGACAGGCUGGAAAAGGGAAUUGUGCGGAGGAGGAAGCAAAUGAUGAAAAGGUCGAAUAUGAUUGCGAAGCAAGUGAUCAGCAUUCGUUCUGCUCUCAGCUUGGGCUUUGUUUCCCAGCUUUGGGUGGACAUAAAUUCUUGGAUUGUUUUCCUAGUUGAAGUGAGGCCAAACUUACUUUCUGGUGAAGUGGAGAAGUUUCUGCUGGAAGAUGUCAAACAGGUUGGAGAUGUUGUACUUAUUGAGGAUGAGAAUGUGAUGGAAAAUGAAUUUAAGCUUGUUGGACUGCAGACGUUGGUGGGGUACAACGUUGUCACACCACGUCAACGAAAUAUUGGGAAGGUUCGUGGCUAUACCUUCAAUAUAAAUUCGGGGGCUGUGGAAUCUCUUGAGCUUGAUUGGUUAGGAAUAUCCAUAAUACCAUCCAGCUUGGUGAGCACCUAUUGUCUGUUUGUUGAGGAUGUGGUCGACGUUUUAUCAGACACCAUUGUUGUGCAAGAAGCUGCAGUCUCACGCCUACAGAGACUUACAAAGGGAUUCUGGGAUGCCCAGAAAAUGGCUUAUUCUGCAGAUGAAAUGCAAGAUUACGGUGACUUAAGAAACCCGCGUGCUAAGCCCGAGUAUGGACGAAGCCGUAAAAAAUCUUCAGGAAAAAAGUUAAGAAAGAAAAUAAAAGAACUCUCUGUUGAUUGGGAGCUCCCUAUGGAUUUCUUUUAAUCUGCUAGAUUUCUCCACAAUGUACAUCACACCUAAAGGACACUGAUUUCUCUAUAACUUUUGUCACUACAGUUGCUGAGUAGAUCUAUUAUUUUGAAGUUUUUGUUUAUCUAGCUUGUAAUCUGUAUAGUGUCUAAUACAAUUCAUAUAGUAGGUAAAUACUUACCCGCA